AGUAAGCAGGUAGGAGGAAGUCCUUGUCCAGCGAGCAGUAGCCGCCCAAAGACAAAUAACAUCUGAAUAAAACCACAAUAAGGAGUAAAACAGAGCAUGGAAGCAAGUAAACCACUUCGGACGACAGCUGGAGAUGGCCCUGGAGCAGAAGAGGAGGCCAAAAGGGCAGCAGCUGCAGCCAAGGCAGCAAUCCGCCUACCUGAAGUUCGUCUGGUGGUGCUGGGCUGGAGAUGGCCAGGAAAGAGUCUGACUGCAAACACCAUCAUAGGCAAAGAGGAGUUUCAUUUGGAGCGAGCAGCCGAGUUCUGUGUGAAGAGACAGACAGAGGUGCAGGGGCGGCAAGUGACUGUGGUGGACACUCCAGGCUGGUACUCCACUCAGGAUACUCCACCCUCCUAUAAACAGGAGUUAGUAAGGGGAGCAACUCUUUGCCCUCCAGGUCCACACGCCUUCCUGCUUGUCAUCCCUGUGGGCAUGUUCACAGAGGUGGACCGUGCUCGCCUUGAGGAGCAUGUGAACCUGUUUGGUGAGCAUGUGUGGGAGCACACAAUUGUGGUUUUCACCUGGGCAGAUGUGUUGAAGACCAUUUCCAUCGAGAGGUACAUUCGCAGGGAAGGCAAGGAGCUGCAGCAGGUGCUGGAAAAGUGUAAGCGAAGGUACUUUGUCAUUAACAACUGCAUAUUUGGGGAGCAUCCCCAGGUGGGGUUCUUGAUGGAGAGAGUGGAGAAGAUGGUGGCAGAGGAAGGGGGCCACUACAACCCAGAGAAGGUGGAGAAGGAGAAGAAACCUCUGGAUGAGAACCAGAAUCCAGCCAGACAGGGGCAGGAGUUGGGGGCAAUACCCAAACGGAACUCUGGGAUGAGUUUGUCCAAAGCCAUGGAAGUGGAGCAGCUUUCCAGUGAGUGAUGCACUUAUCUUCGCUUACAAGAAAGUCAUACUAAGGUCUCAGAUUGUUAUUAACAAGACACUCGUGGCCGAUGGAUCCCAAAAACCACAACUAACGGAACAUCUGCCUCACUGUCCUGACAGCUAAGCAUCUUAUUUGACAGGAAAGAAAAGGGUGACUGAAAUUUCACCAAAUGUACAAACCUGUUUGAGUUAUUUAUUGUUUUGAUCAGAUAUGUUACUGUGUGUUUUGGUUGUAUUUGUUCCCGAUUUUUAUCGAAGGCCUUUGCCUCAAGCCUAAACGCCCUUUUUUCGUACUGCUCAAAGAUUUAUACUCCACUAUUUGAACAUGAAACAACAUAUUUUUUCUUUAAUUCGGAAGAUGGUCUAUGGUUUGUGAUAGUGUCUUGGGGGUUGUGUGAUGGGAGGGAUUUAAUUUAAUCUAAAACAAGGAGGCACAAGCUGUUACAUGUUCAAUCCAAAGUGUACACUCCUUAGCUAGAAGAACUGCACUACUAAAUUGUUAUUAUAAUAUUAUGUCAGUGACUGUUGAGGGAAUUGCUUUUUUUAACAAUUCCCAUUUGUUGUGACCAAACUGUAAAUUCUUUCCUCAUGCUGCAAUGUUUAUAACACUCACAGUGCACAGUUAUAAAGCACUGGGGCAGUUAUUGAUUUUGUGUGUCACCUUAAAGCAGUGAUUAUGUUUUCCUUAAAUGCAUCUUUUACGUAUAUAUCAUUUUGUGGCAGAGGGAUUUGUUUAAAGCAAGGAUGCAUUACCUUGAAAGCUGCAACGAUGAGUCAAUGAAUCGAUUAUUACCGUUUUAUAAUCAGUUAAUAGUUUAAAUCAUUUAUAACAAUCAAAAAUAGUAAAUAUUAACUUGUUCAGUAUCUACUUUUCUUUGUUGAAAGUCUGAAAAUAAAUAUAUUUGCCUGGACAAAACAAGCAUUUUAAGAUGACCUAUUUGGAUUCAGGAUACUCUUGAUACAUUUAAAAUUAAUUUCUUCUGACCUUUUUUUUUUAGACUAAAUGAUUUAUCAAUCAAUCAAUCAAUCGAGAGGUCAGAUGUGAAACAGUCGUGAAACUUACAACCAUAAAAGACAGUAGAACACUGGUAUUCAGCCUGGUGUCAAGUUACUUUGUAAGGAGACAGAUAUGUGUUUGGUGUAAAACUCUGAAUGUAAACAUGACUUUUAAAGGUCACCUUAAAGAGUUUUGUUUGUAGAAAAACAAGAAUCUUGGUGAAAACUGGUGUAAUCUUUGCCUUAGAGCAGGCUAUACAAACAGUAUGGUACUCUCCAACUCUUUGUUUGUCACGGUGUACUAUUAUUGGAUAGAGUCAGCUGCUCUGGACAGACCCUCAACUCUUCUGAGGACAUGUGUGACUGUUUUCUAUAGGCCUUUGAGCGCUCACUGUACUAACCAUUAGAUGAAUUAGGCAGUGCUGUGUCACCAUCUGAGUGUCCCAGUCAAAGGAAACACACAGUAACAAAGGUUACAUGCUGUAGUUGCCCCAGUUGAAUCACUCCUGUCUCACCUUUUGUGUGUCUGUGUUUAUGGCGCCAUUAUAGGACUGACCUAGUUGUACAAAGCAUAAAUAGGUGGACCCAGCAGUGGAUCCUUGCCUUGAACACAUCUCUCUGCCGCAGAUCAGUUCAUGUGUACACAUGGUUACCAAUGUAGCUGUCUGUUUCACAUGGGAAUACUGCUAAUUAAGUUUCAGUUACCCUGGUGAAAUGCAGGUAUAAAUCAGGUUCUAGUAACAAUGCUAGAGCGUCUGAGUUUCAAUCCAGGAUUUAAAACGACUGACUCAAAGCCUUUAAUUAUAGGAACGCUGUAGAUACUGUUUCUGUAAAGAAGCUGACAGUCUUUUGCAUGAAUGUGUUGGUUCGAGAGUAGAAAGCAAACCCAAUGCUGUAUACUAAGAUAUACACUAUGGUUAUAUCACCCAGUGAGGUCAAAUACAGACGUGUUUGUUGACACUUAGUUCUGAAAUAUGAGAAAGGAAACAGGUCUGCUGUAGAUUAGUGCCUUAAGGACUCAGCAUUACUGACAUUUUAACAUUUUAUUUGGGGUUUUGACAAAAGAAAAGGGUCAUGAAAAAGUACUUUGAAGGUUAUGUUAGGUAUUUUUCAUCCUGGGUGGUGUUGUCCCAUGUUUUUGUGACUAAAGCGGCCAUCACAUGAUAAGAACAACACGCUUCGCUCACCGCCAGGUGCAGCGCAGAGGUCAGAGGUAAACUUGGUCAAAGUUCAAAUAAUUUCAACUCUAAGCGCAGCACUCGGGCGGGAAAUCCGAGCGGUGCGCGAUGCCAAGGGUAGCAGUGCCACUUUGUCAGGCGUUGCCGCCCUCUCCAUAGACAAACAAUGGGACAGCCAGCGCAAAGCGGUUUUACAGCUGAUCAUGUGUAGAGGCCUUAACUGACUAAUGGUAUUGAGUACUGAGCGAGACCGUCACAACCAACCAUUUCAGCUAUCACCAGCUCUGGUUUGGUUGAAAUAAACUCUUAAUUCACUCCCUAGAUGUGAAAAUAUUCUGGUGCUAUACACACUAAAAUGACUGUUUAUUGAAGUGGAGUCUGGUGGGUUUGGUGAUGGUGAGUUUGAAGCUGUUUCUAGAUAAACAAAAAGGAUCUUACUCUUUAAAAUGAAAGUCUGUCUCUGUAGGGAUCAUUUCCAUAACGUUGACAGACCCUUGAAUCAACAGUCUGGGCCUGUCCCUGGCAAAAAGCACUUUAAGUGGACGUCAAUUGAUGAUGUCCAAAUGCUCUGAGUGGUUACAUUGCAGCCUGUUUCCUGGCUGCCAGCUGCAGCGUUCUCGCUCAGUACUGGACCAGUUUUAAAGAUUGUUGUUCCCAUUAAUAAUGUAGACACAAAAAAACAUGGGAAAAUAGGGUUGAGGUUGAAAAACACUGAAGUUCCUCUUUCACACUGCUACAGAUGUGGGUCUUAUUGUAUUUGGUUAAAUGAUUAGAGGUCUUGCAGCACUCCAGUAUGAGUUUACAAAGCAACAUGGAACAAUUAAUGCACCAGUCAGAAAAAUUUGAUAAGAAGUGUGUAUAUAAAAAGGGAAGAGUCUUGAACACACUGAUUGAAUAAGAGUCACAAAAUAAGGUCAGGAUAAAGCAGAUGAGUACAAAACCUGCUGUUGGGCAUGCAGCCUACAGUGACCCACCUUUGUAGCAAUGUUUGGUGAUUGAGUUACUCUGAGAGGUGAAUGGAGUCACUCUUAAAAAUGUAUGAACGAAGCAGAGUCAUCUGUCUGGGCUUUUGCACUGUGACCUCUGCAGGCCUUCAACGUGUCUUAUUGGCAGACACUAUUUGUAGUGAAGUUGUUGGAAAUGCAAUGUUAGAAAUGCACUGUGUUCUUCUUGUUAGGUUCAAAUAAAUAUAUAUUUUGAUUUAA